UCGUCAUUUUGCUGAUGGACUUGGGUUUGGGCUUGGGCGACUGCAUCGCAUCUGCUAGGCCGUCUGGGUGAACGGACGAGAGGGAAAGCUCCGGAAGCCAGGCGUGGAGCGUCUCCACGAUGGGGUCGGUGGGUAACUGCGCGCUUGGGGUCUGUGCCACACUGGAGUUGGGGAAUAUGCGCGUGACCCAAUCCAGGAAGUCCUCUGAGGUGAUGACCCCCACGAAAUAAAGCCCAUGGUUCACCCAGACCAAGCCCAGGGAGACGCCCACCUCCGCCUCAGGGAGGUGUUCUAUGUUCAGGGGGAUGGGCGGCGGUAGGGAGAGGUAUUUAGAAAGCAGUUCCUUGUCGAGGACCAACACUCUAUCUACUUUGGGGAAAGAGGCCGCAUCUACAAAGCCAGCCACGUAUACCACCAGCAUGGAUGUCUUUGGGGCGCACGUAUGGCGGGACAGGCGUAUGAGCGCGGGGGUGGAGAGCCUGAUGUGGAAGGCUGUGUACGGGCAGCGAUUAAAUACGCUCACCAGUCAGGAGCUCAGAUACCUGCACCUGGUGCUGUGUAAGAUGUACGGGCUGUGUCUCAACGUAUACUUACUUCGGGAAGCCGUCGCCAACGCGGGCAACCAGGACGACGUGGUCUUAGGCAGGAAGGUGCCCCGCGAGGUCUGGAAAUUUAUCUAUGAUGGGUGUGUGCAAAAAACGGGUAUUACGCACGAGAUGCUGGUAGAGCAGGCUAGCAGUGCCGCCCUGUGGCUCCGUCUUAAUUCCAAACCCGAGCUGCUGGCUGGACUCACCAGCUACAUCCUGCACAGGCUCGGGGUGAGGGUACCGGUGACGGUGGCCCCUAGAAACCUCAAAGAUGGAAACUACCUCUACACCCUGGGGGGUGUCCUUCCCGGAAGGUUGCUCAUGCAGGGUACCUCAGGCUCCAUAAAACUUUUCUCUCAGAGGCGACGAGCGCUGGGUAUCUGGGGCCGGUGGAUGUUGUCUGUGGGGAUCGGAGAUGCAUGCGGGGAAUCCCGGCACAAGAAGGCGGCGGCGCGGAGGAACAAAAGAAGGCGCAAUCGGAUACACUUCACUAUCUGUUUAUUUUCAGUAACAGCCACUUGUUCUAAACCACAGCCAUGGUUGUUGGCAAAAAGCCCAAAACAACAAAAUAAAGUCUGUCAUAGUCAUCAUGCCCCGCGAACUGUGCUCUGAUGAUUGCUUGGGCCG